UCGGUCCCGCCCCGCCCCGCCCCUUUCACAUGCCUGUCCUGUCACCAACCAACCUGACCCCGUCCGAGUCCCUCCCUGCCCUAAACUUGCCUGUCCCCACAGAGCCUUGCUACAAAACAGCGCGUCCGGCCCCCUCCUCUGUCCUCCCAUCGCUGCAACACGCACACCCGGACCCAACCUCUCCCAUCUGUCCCCAGAACUACCCACCCCCAUCAGAUCCCAUCUCUGCCACAAACAUCAAGUUAUUCCCAGAUCCCUCCCCAUUCCAACAGAUCUCUCUCCUCAAAUUCCAGCUCACCAGAUCCCACGCCAUGCCUACCACAUUGCUUCCCCAUCAGAUCCUUUAUCAACCUAUCUCCACCAGAUCCUGCCACAAGUUAUCAAAUCUUCCCCAAUUUACCAUACUCAUCCCAUCUCCACCAGAUCUGACAGAUCUCUGCCUGCUUAAUCUCAGCAGAUUCCAAUGUACCAGAUCCAUUUUCCCCAUCCCAAUAUAUCACAAUCCAGCAGAUUCACAGGAUACCUUCCCAGCUGAUCCUGCCACACCCAACUGAUCAGCUCCUUACAGAUCAUACUAGAUCCUUUCCCACCCAUCUCAUCAGAUCCCUUCACUAUCACACCCCACUAGAUCCUUCCAUGUCCCAUCAAAUCCCUCUCCACAUCUCUGAGCUAAUUUAGUAACCCUCACAGGAGUUUCUAAUAGAAUUGGAGCGGAAAAAGAAUCUCUCACUCCCACCAGAUCUCACCCCACAGUUAUUAACUAAUAUGGCAGCUACCAUGGAAACACCAGGCAUGAUAAUAGGAGAGGAGGGAUCUAUGGAAAUUGCCACACAUUUCUCAAAACUUUUAAUAUAAGUUAAUAUAAGAUCCCAUAAUGGGAUCUCCUGAGACACUCAUAGGAGAGGAGUGCUCUGAAUGAUUCUCCUAGAUCCUUCCCCACAGCUCUAAUUUUGCUUCCUUGCUUGCAACCACCAAAGAAUUAUUAUUUUACAACAUUAUUUUAUUCCUACUCCUAGAAAUCCAGUGCUGUUUAGCUGUGGCUUGCAAUAUGAAGCUGUACAUCAAGGCAUAUAUGGACAUACCUCCAUGAAGGAGUGUGCAUGGUGCAGUUUUGCUGCCUGUUUUCACAGAAGAUAAUGGAAGGCACAACAUUUUUCCACAUAGGCAUAUCAAUUCUAAUGGUAGUACUGUGGCUAGGAACAUUGCUGCAAUGCCCUCCAGAUUCCCGAGGAUUUGCAAAGCAACCAGCAGUCUCCACCCUAACUCCUAUUGUCUUGAGGCAAGAAAUUCUGAAGUGGAAUGGAUGGGGAUAUAAUGACUCCAAAUUUAUAUUUAAUAAGAAGGGACAAGCAGAAUUCACAGGAAAAAGGUAUAGGUUGAGUGGUAUGGUGUUACCUGUUUUGAAGGAAUGGAUGGAAAAAACCUUAGGAGCAAGUCUGGAGCACAAAAUUACCUCUAGAGCUUUCUUAAAUACUAGUGAUGUACCCCCAUCUAUUGUAAAUGAAGAAUUUCUUCAGGAUCUUAGAGCCACUAAAAUUUCAUAUUCACAGGAAGCAGAAGAUAGGGUGUUCAGAGCUCAUGGUCACUGCCUACAUGAGAUAUUUGUGCUAAGGGAAGGAAUGUUUAAACGAAUUCCCGAUAUAGUUGUAUGGCCAGGUUGCCAUGAUGACGUAGUUAAAAUUGUGGAACUAGCCUGCAAACAUAAUCUUUGCAUAAUACCAUUUGGUGGAGGAACAAGUGUUUCUAGUGCUCUUGAAUGUCCUGCAGAUGAGAGAAGAACUAUUGUUUCAUUGGAUACAUCACAAAUGAAUCGAAUUCUCUGGGUCGAUGAGAAAAACUUAACUGCUCAUAUAGAGGCUGGCAUUGUUGGACAGGAUUUGGAAAGACAGCUUGGUGAGAGUGGUUACUGUACAGGCCAUGAACCAGAUUCUAUGGAAUUCAGCUCCCUUGGAGGAUGGGUGGCCACACGUGCAUCAGGCAUGAAAAAGAACAGCUACGGAAACAUUGAAGAUCUGGUGGUUCAUAUAAAAAUGGUAACCCCAAGAGGAGUAAUAGAAAAAAGCUGUCAAGUACCUCGCAUGUCAACAGGACCUGACAUCCAUCAUUUCAUUAUGGGAUCUGAAGGAACCCUUGGAGUGGUUACAGAAGUUACAAUAAAAAUUCGGCCAAUCCCUGAAUACAAGAAGUAUGGCUCUGUAGUAUUUCCUAACUUUGAACGAGGAGUGGCCUGUUUAAGAGAAAUAGCAAAGCAGAGGUGUGCUCCUGCAUCAGUUCGCCUUGUGGACAAUGCACAAUUUCAGUUUGGGCAUGCUCUUAAACCACAGGUUGCUUCAAUUUUUACGUCAUUUUUGGAUGGGCUGAAAAAAUUCUACAUCACAAAGUUUAAAGGAUUUGAUCCGAAUGAACUGUGUGUAGCUACAUUACUCUUUGAGGGUGACAGAGAGAAGGUUCUUCAGCAUGAAAAGCAAGUUUAUGAUAUCGCUGCCAAAUUUCGUGGUCUGGCAGCUGGAGAAGAUAAUGGACAGAGAGGUUACAUGCUGACAUUUGUCAUCGCUUACCUUCGGGACCUGGGCCUGGAUUACUAUGUAAUAGGAGAAUCAUUUGAGACUUCUGUUCCCUGGGAUAGGGUUAUAGACCUCUGCAGGAAUGUAAAGGAAAGAAUAGUGAGAGAAUGCAAAGAAAAAGGUGUCCAGUUUGCUCCGUUAUCCACCUGCAGGGUGACACAGACUUACGAUGCAGGUGCAUGUGUCUAUUUCUAUUUUGCCUUUAACUACAGGGGAAUUAGUGACCCUGUUCAUGUCUAUGAACAAAUUGAGAGAGCUGCUAGAGAGGAAAUCCUCGCCAAUGGAGGAAGUCUGUCGCAUCACCAUGGAGUGGGCAAGUUGCGGAAGCAGUGGAUGAAGGAGAGUAUCUCUGAUGUUGGCUUGGGGAUGCUUAAGUCUGUCAAAGAAUAUGUGGACCCCAAUAACAUCUUUGGAAACAGGAACCUUUUAUAAAACCCUUACUGUCUGAAAAUUUCAAAAUUACAAUUUUUAGCCUCAUUGUACUGUUAUCCCAGUAAUCAAAUAUAACAUGGACUGAACUUUAAAGCUAAUAUCAUUUAUUGGUUUUCCUCCAAUAAAAUGUAAACAUUCACUAUUAACAUUCACAGAUUUACUGACUGUACCCCUAAACCUCUCAACACACAACAUGGCAGAGGCACAUCAAGGUAUAUACCUGCUUGCAAAUGCAGAUAUAGCAUUCCAAGUUGGUUAGGCAGUACAGCCAAUGAUUGUAGUUUCCAUGCUGGAUGAAGCCAACUGUUCUUUAUUAAAGCAUCCCCUGAAAGAAGAACAAAGACUGACAUUGAUGUUGUCUUCAUAAACAGCUGCUCACUCAGCCUCUUGCUAGAGGAAAGUUGCUGGGAAGCACAUGAGGUGGAUUUCACUUAGGGAAUACUUCUGUGUGCUGAAGCAUUAAGCAAAUAGCAGUAUAAAUAUAGGCUUUCUGUUUAAAAGAUGCACCAUAGUUCUGUGGGAUGUUUGGCUUGUCAGUCUCCCUUUCAGCAUUAUUGGAAAUUUAAAAUCUUUGAAAAGAAUACUUAACUAAAGUGUAGCCUGAGUUGUAUUUGCACUGCUGGGAUAAUCUUUAAUAUGCUAGUCAGUCAUUGUAAGUUUUUGUACAGAACAGCAGACGUUUCUCAUUGUAUAUUAACAGGUUUGUUACAUAAAAUUGCCUUCAUGAACACUGC